AUGGAUGAUGGUGAUAUAACGCUGAGUAUAAAGCACAAACUAGCAGUCUACUUAAACAAACCUGAGAAUAACUCUUUGACCCAAACAGUGAUUAUACAAGCAAGAGGUAAAAAUUUUGAUGAUUUUUCAAAGUUUAUACAAAUUAUUGGACUAAAGAAUGAUGAACAUGCCAAAGACAUAUAUGAUAGCGUGCAAGCUUCGAAACCUGAUGCAACUGAAAUCAUGCCGAAAAAGGCUACCAUUAUCAGAAGAGCAGACAAAUCGACGUUAAAACUUUCAUUUGAAGAGGAUGAUGAUGAAAUCGAUGACAUUGUCAGCCCAAACAUCAAAAUACGGACCAAAGAAGGCACACCAAGCCAGCCAAGAUUCAAGAGACUAAAGAAAGAGGAUGCCGAAAGACUCAAAGAGGCAUUACCACCUCUUGCAAAUGAAAGAAGGGAGUCACCAAAACUUGAAGCUGAUCGUGUAUCCCUCAGACCUAAGAUCCAAAACGACACGCGCCCUCGCCAAGAUGUAAAACAAUCAUGGGAUACGAGAGCAGUAAAGCGAGACAUACCAAAGUCCACUUCAAAUGAGGGUACUGGGGGAUACUUCAAUUCCUUGGGGGAGUACAUCGAUCAUGAUCAUGCACCUAGUAAUGACUUCAAUCGCAUACCGAUAACUAGCCACGUUUUGAUUCCUCCAUUUCUUGAAAAGGUAAAGGAGCAUUUGACUUUGCAGAUAACUGGCUCUAGCAUUAAAGGAGCUGGACCGACUGUUGAUCCUGUGAAAGAUUUCACUUCAGAGUUGGCGUCCAUGGCAAAGCAAGGAUCAUUGGUGGUGCAAACAAAGAAGUCGAAACAGGAGAGGGCAAAACAAGCCAAGGAGAAAACAGGUGUGACUACCAGUGGAAACAGAGAUGACGUUGAACUCGACGAGGAUACCGAGCAGAGUUCAGACUAUACUAUAAUUCAGAAGCAACGACAGAGCCUACCUGCAUAUGCAGUAAAAGAAGACGUUGUUUCAGCUAUUCGGGACAAUCAGGUCACGAUAAUCAUCGGCGAGACAGGUUCGGGAAAGACAACACAGCUAGCACAAUUUCUCUAUGAGCAAGGAUUGGCUACUACCAAAGGUGAACGAAAAAUUAUUGGAUGUACGCAACCAAGACGAGUUGCGGCUAUGUCUGUGGCAAAAAGGGUUAGCGAAGAAAUGCAAGUCGAACUAGGAGAAGAAGUAGGAUAUUCGGUGAGAUUUGAUGACAAGACAAACCCCGAAAAGACGGUCAUCAAAUACAUGACUGAAGGUAUUCUAUUGAGAGAGAUUUUGGCAGACAAUACAUUGAGUGAGUACAGUUGCAUCAUUAUCGAUGAAGCUCACGAACGAUCAUUAAACACUGAUAUCCUAUUAGGAUUAUUUAAAGGACUAUUGGCUAAGAGGAGGGAUUUGAAGUUGGUUGUAACGUCGGCAACAAUGAAUGCUGAUCGAUUCACCAGAUUUUUUGGAGCAGCACCGCAAUUUACUAUCCCGGGGAGAACUUUUCCUGUCGAUAUCUAUUUCAACAAGAAUGUAACAAUGGAUUAUGUUGAAACAGCAGUGAAGCAAAUCUUGUCGAUCCAUUUGAGCAAAGGCCGCGAUACUAGAGGUGAGUUCGUCAACGAUGGAGAUAUCCUCGUGUUUAUGACUGGUCAGGAGGAUAUAGAGAUUACAUGCGAUUUACUACGUGAAAAACUUGAAAUGUUGGAGAAUCCACCACCUUUGGAAAUUUUGCCCAUUUACUCUACCAUGCCCCAAGAAUUGCAAAAAAGAAUAUUUAACAAGACAAGCACCAAAAAGAGGAAAGUCGUUAUUGCGACUAACAUUGCAGAAACCUCAUUGACAGUUGAUGGAAUCAAGUACGUUAUUGAUUGUGGUUUAGUCAAGGUGAAAGUGUACAAUCCUAAGCUAGGUAUGGACACAUUACAGGUGGUGCCAAUCUCUUUUGCCAAUGCAGAGCAAAGAAGUGGUAGAGCAGGAAGAACUAGUGCAGGUGUUGCAUACAGACUUUAUACCGAACGAGCAACUGACCCCCAAAAUAUGUAUCAGCAACCCAUACCCGAAAUUCAAAGAACGAAUUUGAGCAAUACAAUGUUACUAUUAAAAUCACUAAAUGUACAUGACAUAAACAGUUUUCCAUUUUUGGAUAGUCCUCCCAAGGAUUUGCUCAACUGCUCAUUGUACGAUUUAUGGGCAAUGGGUGCAUUAGACAAUUUCGGUGAAUUGACCAAACUUGGACGUGAUAUGAUUCAGUUUCCAAUUGAGCCAACUUUAUCGAAACUUAUAUUGUUGUCAACAGAACGUUACUUUCAUUGCUCAGAAGAUAUACUCACCAUUGUUGCUAUGUUGAGUGUUUCCAAUAUUUUUCAAAGGUCCAAAGAAAGAGCCAAAGAGGCGGAUCUGGCAAGGGAACGAUUUGUUGUUGCAGAGUCAGACCACUUAACGCUUCUCAAUGUUUAUACACAAUGGGAAGCCAAUAUGAACAAAUUUAGUAAUAAUUGGAACAGAAUCAACGAGUGGUGUGGUCGAAAUUACAUUCAACACAAAUCCUUGUAUCGAGCAAGGGAAAUUAGAAAGCAGUUAGCGUAUAUAAUGCAAAAGAGAAAGCUCCCCUUUUGCAGAGCCAAGAACGACGACGAUAUUAGAAGAUGCUUAUGUGCAGCAUUCUACCACCAGCUGGCGAAACUUGUCAAAAUGGGACUCAAUGGGACUCCAGAGUUUGUCAACCUACGUCACAACUACAUGAAAAUGUACUUGCAUCCCACAAGUAGCUUGCUUAACAGCAAUUUGAGUCUGAACUUUGUCAUUUACCAUGAUUUAAUAUUGACUUCGAAAGAGUAUAUGAAUUAUGUCACCUGUGUUGAUCCAAUGUGGCUACUAAAGUUUGGUUAUGUGUUCUACAGCAUCCCCGAAAGCUCUCGCGAUAAAUUGGUUGAGGGCCUCGGAACAAAUGCAAGGGUUGAAUUCGAGCAUCAACUAGAGAACGAUCGAACAUUGUAUGAACAGCAGAAUAGCAAGUUGCAAAAGUCAGACCAAAAAGAAUCGUCAAUUACAAAUAGAAAGAGUUUGUUGUUUCGGAAACGAAAAAGGAUGUGA